AAAUAUUUUUUAGCUAUUAAAAAGAUUGCGAACAGCAAAGCGGCAAUUUUUUAUAUUAAACUCGCGAAAUCGUAUGAUAUAUAAUUGCUACGCUUGGAAAACGUAGGUAGGAAUAACUAUCCAAUAUGGCUGAUGCAGCAGCCCGUCAAUUACAGUACGAGUACAAAGCGAACUCAAACCUUGUGCUGCAAGCUGAUGUUCGACUCAUCGAGCGUCCACGUCGCGAUGAAGCCACCGGCGAGGUGUGUUCGUUAGUGGGCAAAUUGGAUGGCACGCGUAUGGGCGAUCGAUAUCAGCGGACCAAGCCGGAGAAGACGGAGGAGCGCAAGGUGAAGCGUCAAAAGCGUGAUGAGGCGCAGUACGACUUUGAGCGCAUGAAGGGCGCUACACUUUUGUCCGAGGGCAUUGACGAAAUGGUUGGCAUUGUAUACAGACCCAAAACGCAGGAAACACGACAGACAUACGAGGUUCUGCUGAGCUUUAUUCAGGAGGCGUUGGGCGAUCAGCCGCGUGACAUAUUGUGUGGUGCAGCGGACGAGAUUCUUGCAGUGCUUAAGAACGAUAAGCUCAAGGACCGCGAGCGCAAACGUGAAAUUGACAGCUUGUUGGGGUCUGUGACCGAUGAGCGUUUCGCGCUUCUCGUAAAUCUGGGAAAAAAGAUUACAGACUUUGGCAGCGAUGCUGUAAACGCGCUGACUGCAGCUCCCAACAAUGAGGAGCAGAUUGACGAGACUUACGGAAUUAAUGUGCAGUUCGAGGAGUCCGAGGAAGAGAGCGACAAUGAUAUGUAUGGUGAAAUUCGUGACGAUGAUGCACAGGAUGAGGGUGAAGAAGCACGUAUAGAUCACACUCUGCACGCAGAAAAUUUGGCCAGCGAGGAGGCCGCCAGCAAUGUAAAAAAGGAUCGGUCUCUGCAUCCGUUGGACAUUGAUGCCUAUUGGCUGCAGCGGUGUUUAAGCAAGUACUACAAAGACGCCAUGGUAUCGCAGAGCAAGGCGGCUGAUGUCCUAAAGAUCCUUAAGGAUGCCGCUGAUGAACGUGACUGUGAAAAUCAGCUUGUGCUGCUGCUUGGCUACGAUUGCUUCGACUUCAUUAAACAGUUAAAGCUGAAUCGCCAGAUGAUUCUCUAUUGCACUAUGUUGGCUUCCGCUCAAACAGACAGCGAACGCCAGCGCAUUCGGGAAAAGAUGCGUUCCAAUAUUGCACUCGCGAAAAUUUUACGCCAGCUUGACACCGGCAAAGCAGAUGAGCAGGAGGAGGCAGCCGCCAGAGCCAACAAGCGCGGCAAGGGUGAUGCAGAGGAUGGUGGUGCUACUACAGCGGGUCAAGUACCAGGAGUCCGUCAACUAUUGGAAUUGGAAGAGCUGGCCUUCACCCAGGGUUCGCAUUUUAUGGCCAACAAACGUUGCCAGUUGCCAGAUGGCUCGUAUCGUAAGCAAAGGAAAGGUUAUGAGGAGGUCCACGUGCCCGCCCUCAAGGCGGUGCCUUUUGAGGCACACGAGGAACUGCAGCCAAUCGACAAGUUGCCCAAGUAUGUGCAACCUGUGUUUGAAGGAUUCAAAACGCUCAAUCGCAUCCAGAGUCGACUCUACAAGGCGGCCCUGGACAGCGAUGAGAAUAUGCUGCUGUGUGCGCCCACAGGCGCGGGCAAAACUAAUGUAGCCCUGCUUACAAUGAUGCGUGAAAUUGGCAAGCACAUCAACGACGAUGGCACAAUCAAUGCCCAGGAUUUCAAAAUUAUCUAUGUGGCGCCAAUGAAAUCACUGGUACAGGAAAUGGUGGGAAACUUUGGCCGACGCCUGGCUUGCUAUAAUCUCACUGUCUCCGAGCUGACUGGAGACCAUCAGCUGACCCGCGAGCAGAUAGCCGCCACUCAAGUAAUUGUGUGCACGCCCGAAAAGUGGGACAUCAUCACGCGGAAGGGUGGAGAACGCACGUUCGUCAGUUUGGUGCGUCUCGUCAUAAUAGAUGAGAUUCAUUUGCUGCAUGACGAGCGAGGACCGGUGCUUGAGGCGCUGGUGGCUCGCACCAUUCGUAACAUUGAGACCACCCAGGAGGAUGUGCGACUUGUGGGCUUGUCUGCGACGCUGCCCAACUACCAGGACGUAGCAACAUUUUUGCGUGUCAAGCCCGACCGGGGACUUUUCUAUUUUGACAACAGCUAUCGUCCCGUGGCUUUGGAACAGCAGUACAUUGGUGUGACGGAGAAGAAAGCGUUAAAACGUUUUCAAGUAAUGAACGAGAUUGUCUAUGAGAAGACUAUGGAGCAUGCUGGCCGUAAUCAAGUGCUCGUCUUCGUCCACUCACGCAAGGAAACGGGCAAAACAGCGCGGGCAGUGCGUGAUAUGUGCUUGGAACAAGACACGUUGGGCAGUUUUCUGCGCGAGGGAUCGGCCAGCAUGGAGGUGUUGCGCACGGAAGCGGAGCAAGUAAAGAAUUCGGAGCUGAAGGAGUUGCUGCCUUAUGGCUUUGCAAUCCAUCAUGCUGGUAUGACGCGCGUCGAUCGUACACUAGUUGAAGAUCUCUUUGCCGAUCGUCACAUUCAAGUCCUCGUGUCCACGGCCACAUUGGCUUGGGGUGUGAAUUUGCCGGCGCACACGGUCAUCAUUAAAGGAACACAAGUGUAUAAUCCGGAGAAGGGUCGAUGGGUAGAGCUCAGUGCAUUGGAUGUCCUGCAAAUGUUGGGACGCGCCGGUCGCCCGCAAUACGACACAAAGGGCGAGGGCAUACUAAUCACCAAUCACAGCGAGCUGCAGUUCUAUCUCUCGCUGCUCAAUCAACAACUGCCCAUUGAGUCGCAGUUUAUCUCUAAGCUGCCGGACAUGCUGAACGCCGAAAUUGUCCUGGGAACCGUGCAGCAUUUGCAGGAUGCGGUCAACUGGCUGGGCUAUACGUAUCUCUACAUUCGCAUGCUGCGCAAUCCCACUCUCUACGGAGUCUCCCACGACGCCAUCAAGUCAGAUUCGCUACUGGAGCAGCAUCGUGCGGAUCUGUUACAUACGGCCGCCUGCUGUCUGGAACGCAGCGGCCUCAUUAAGUAUGAACGCAAGACAGGACACUUUCAAGUUACCGAUCUUGGACGCAUUGCCUCGCAUUAUUACCUAACGCAUGAGACCAUGUUGACUUACAAUCAGUUGCUAAAGCAAACCCUUAGUGAGAUUGAACUCUUCCGUGUCUUUUCGCUCUCCUCCGAGUUCCGGCACAUUGCGGUGCGCGAAGAGGAGAAGCUGGAGCUGCAAAAGCUAAUGGAGCGCGUGCCCAUACCGAUCAAGGAGUCCAUUGAGGAGCAUAGCGCCAAAGUGAAUGUGCUGCUUCAGGCCUACAUAUCGCAGUUGAAACUGGAGGGCUUCGCCCUGAUGUCCGACAUGGUGUUCAUCACACAAUCGGCCGCUCGACUCAUGCGGGCCAUCUUUGAAAUCGUGUUGACUCGUGGCUGGGCACAGCUGGCAGAUAAAACAUUGACGCUUUGCAAAAUGAUCGACCGGCGGAUGUGGCAGUCUAUGACGCCGUUGAGACAAUUCAAGAAAAUGCCCGAUGAAAUCGCCAAAAAGCUCGAGAAGAAGCACUUCCCCUGGGCUCGUCUCUAUGACCUAGAACCGCAUGAACUGGGCGAGCUAAUACGUGUCCCAAAACUGGGAAAGACGAUACACAAGUUCGUUCAUCAGUUUCCCAAACUGGAGCUCUCUACACACAUUCAGCCCAUCACACGAGCCACGCUGCGCGUCGAGUUAACCAUAACACCGGAUUUUCAAUGGGACGAAAAGGUGCACGGCCAAUCGGAGGGAUUUUGGGUGCUAAUCGAAGAUGUCGACUCAGAACUGAUACUCCAUCACGAGUAUUUCUUACUGAAGCAGAAGUAUGCCCAGGACGAGCAUCAGCUGAAGUUCUUUGUGCCCGUCUUUGAACCUCUACCACCGCAGUAUUUCCUGCGCAUUGUGUCCGAUCGUUGGAUUGGCGCCGAAACCCAACUGCCUGUUUCGUUUAGGCACCUAAUUCUGCCUGAGAAGAACAUGCCAUCAACAGAGUUAUUGGAUCUACAACCAUUGCCCAUUAGCGCACUGAGGCAACCCAAAUUCGAGCAGUUCUACACGCAGCGUUUUCCGCAAUUCAAUCCCAUUCAGACGCAGGUCUUCAACGCCGUUUACAACAGCGAUGACAAUGUGUUUGUGGGCGCACCAACAGGCUCCGGCAAGAUGACCAUUGCCGAGUUCGCCAUCAUGCGUCUGUUCACGCAAUCUGCGGAUGGACGCUGUGUCUAUCUGGUGUCUCAGGAGGCGCUAGCCGAUCUCGUAUUUACCGAUUGGCAUGCCAAGUUCGGCGCCCUCGACAUUAAAGUGGUGAAGCUGACGGGCGAGACCGGCACGGAUCUCAAACUGAUUGCCAAGGGUCAGAUCAUCAUUACCACGGCGGACAAGUGGGAUGUGCUGUCCCGUCGCUGGAAGCAGCGCAAGAACGUGCAGCUGGUAAAUCUAUUCAUUGUGGACGAAUUGCAAUUGGUCGGUGGGGAGGAUGGACCUGUACUGGAGAUCGUUUGCUCACGCAUGCGUUACAUCAGCUCGCAGAUCGAGAAGCAGAUUCGCAUUGUGGCGCUCUCUGCGUCAUUGACAGAUGCCCGAGAUGUUGCCCAGUGGCUGGGUUGUAAUCCGAAUGCUACUUUCAACUUCCAUCCAAGCGUUCGUCCCAUACCCUUGGAGCUUCACAUACAGGGCUUUAAUGUAACGCACAAUGCUACUCGCAUCGCAACGAUGUCCAAGCCGGUUUACAACGCUAUUCUAAAGUACAGUGCCCACAAGCCCGUCAUUGUGUUUGUCUCGUCCCGCAAACAGGCGCGACUCACGGCCAUUGAUAUACUGACCUACGCCGCCUCGGAUUUGCAGCCAAAUCGUUUCUUCCAUGCCGAGGAAGAGGAUAUACAGCCCUUCCUGGAGCGCAUGACCGAUAAAACUCUGAAGGAGACCUUGGCUCAGGGCGUGGCAUAUUUGCAUGAGGGUCUAUCUGCCUCGGACCAUCGACUGGUUGAGCAACUCUUCGACUCGGGCGCUGUCCAGCUAGCCGUUGUAUCACGGGAUCUAUCUUGGGGUAUGAGCAUCUCGGCACAUCUGGUCAUUAUCAUGGAUACGCAGUUCUACAAUGGCAAGAAUCAUUCGUAUGAGGAUUACCCAAUUACGGAUGUGCUGCAAAUGAUUGGACGUGCCAAUAGGCCCAACGAGGAUGCAGACGCCAAAUGCGUGCUCAUGUGCCAGAGUUCCAAAAAGGACUUCUUCAAGAAAUUCAUCAACGAACCGUUGCCAAUUGAAAGCCAUUUGGAUCAUCGAAUGCACGACCACUUCAAUGCCGAGGUUGUCACCAAGACCAUUGAGAAUAAACAGGAUGCCGUGGACUAUCUCACUUGGACGUUUCUCUACAGGCGUCUCACACAGAAUCCCAAUUAUUACAACUUGCAAGGUGUAACGCAUCGUCAUUUAUCUGAUCACCUGUCGGAGUUGGUGGAGAAUACGCUCAGUGAUUUAGAGCAGUCUAAAUGUAUUAGUGUGGAGGAUGACAUGGACACCUUGCCACUCAAUUUGGGAAUGAUCGCUGCCUACUAUUACAUUAACUACACAACCAUUGAACUCUUCAGCUUGUCACUCAAUAGUAAGACAAAAGUGCGUGGUCUCUUGGAAAUCAUUUCAUCGGCUGCUGAAUAUGAGGAUGUGGUGGUCAGGCAUCAUGAGGAGCACGUCUUGCGCACUUUGUCGCAGCGUUUGCCCAACAAAUUGACGGGUCCCAACGAUACAGCGCCCAAGUAUAAUGAUCCGCACAUUAAAACCAAUUUGCUGCUGCAGGCCCAUCUGUCGCGUCUGCAACUGGGGCCCGAACUGCAGGGCGAUACGGAGCAGAUACUUAGCAAAGCUAUUCGACUUAUACAGGCUUGUGUGGAUGUACUGAGUUCCAAUGGUUGGCUAUCGCCGGCUGUGGCUGCCAUGGAGUUGGCUCAAAUGGUCACGCAGGCCAUGUGGACCAAGGAUUCAUAUUUGCGGCAGUUGCCGCACUUUAAUGCGGACAUUAUAAAGCGCUGCACAGAAAAGAAAAUCGAAACUGUUUUCGACAUUAUGGAACUGGAGGAUGACGAUCGUUCACGUUUGCUGCAGCUGUCCGAUGCUCAAAUGGCCGAUGUAGCACGUUUUUGUAAUCGCUAUCCAAAUAUUGAGCUGAAUUACGAGGUAGUGGACAAAGAUCGCAUUAAUUCUGGUUCCACAGUGAACGUGGUCGUGCAGCUAGAGCGUGAGGAUGAGGUGACUGGUCCGGUCAUAGCACCAUUCUUCCCACAAAAGCGGGAGGAGGGCUGGUGGGUGGUCAUUGGUGACCCCAAAAGCAAUUCCCUGCUCUCCAUCAAGCGCCUUACGCUGCAGCAAAAGGCCAAAGUCAAAUUGGACUUUGUGGCGCCCAGUCCGGGUAGACACGACUAUACGCUAUACUAUAUGAGUGACUCCUAUCUGGGCUGCGAUCAGGAGUACACAUUUUCCAUUGAAGUGGGCGAUUUUCAGUCGGAGAGUGAAAGCGAAUCAGAUUAGAAAUACGAUGUUUAGACACACGCACGCAAAAAUUAAUAAAAAACAACAAACAACA